UCUUCUUCUUCUUCACUUUUGUUUCUCUCUCUCUUUUCUCUUUCUCUGCUUCUUCGUUUUCUCUGAUUUCUUCUCUCGUUUUUUCGAUUUGAGUAAUUCGAAUAAUUCUAUUCUUCCAUUGCCGGAAUCCAUGGCUUCUCCGGCAGAUGUUCGGUGAGGCUGGCGUUCAUGCGUGAUCGAGCUUCGAAAGGUUGUCCUGACGGCUUUCUGAUUCUCCAUGUCUUUACCGGGAGGUUUUGGCGUCUUCGGGUUCGUUUUGUAGCAAUUCCUUAUAACGUCCUGUUGUCUACUACCACCACGGCUUUACCUCUUUUAGCUGUUGACGUUGUCCGCAAUCAUGGGAAGUUCUCGCUUUAUCCAUUGCUCGUCAGGGAGGAUUUGAAGCAGCGGCAGCUGCCUAGGUCCGACAAUGGACACAUACUCCUCCGGAGAAGACUUUGUUAUUAAGACAAGAAAGCCAUAUACCAUUACAAAGCAACGAGAGCGAUGGACAGAAGAGGAGCAUAAUAGGUUCCUUGAGGCCUUGAAGCUCUAUGGGAGAGCAUGGCAGCGAAUCGAAGAACAUAUAGGAACAAAGACUGCUGUGCAAAUCAGAAGUCAUGCUCAGAAAUUCUUUUCAAAGUUGGAGAAGGAGGCUCUCGUUAAAGGUGUUCCAGUAGGGCAAGCAAUUGACAUAGAUAUUCCACCUCCACGCCCUAAAAGGAAACCAAGCAAUCCUUAUCCUCGAAAGACCAGUGCAGGUACUUCCACAUCACAAGUGGGAGCAAAGGAUGGAAAAUAUUUGUCAUCAGAGUUUUCUCAUCACUGUAAACAAGUACUGGACUUGGAAAAGGAACCACUUCCUGAGAAAUCUGGUGGAGAAGGAAAACGAACUAAUACAAAAGAAAAUCAAGAUGACAAUUGCUCAGAAGUUCUUACCCAGCUUCAAGAACAUUGUUCUUCUGCUUUCAAAAGAUCCACUCCCAAGCCACCUGUGGGACUCAGAAAUGCAUGCACUUUCAGGGAGUUAGUGCCUUCAAUGAAAAAGGCAAAUCAGGAUGACCCAAGUGGAUCUUAUGUCACUGUCGAACUUGACGGAAAUCAAAAUGUUGAGAAAGCUGAUGUCACAGAGAUGACAGUAGAAGAUAACGACGCAAGUAGGAACUUAAAGUUGGAAAAUGCUAAUUCUUCAGACGAGAAGAUGGAUGACUUAAGUUGUGGAGCGCCGACUGAGGAGAUGCAAACUACCCAGAAGUACCCAAGGCAUGUGCCUGUGCAUGUUCUUGAUGGGAGCCUAGGAACUUGUACUCAAAUGCCAUCCUCAGAUAUGCCAUUCAAAGAACCGAUAUUUCAUCCAGUGGGAGAGGUUCGUGGCCACCAUAACCUCUUUGCAAAUUCAGCUGCAUCUGCUACGACUGAACAUCAAAGUAAUGCAUCAAGAACGUCUGCUCAUCAAUCAUUUCGGGCUUUUCAUCCUCCCUUUACCCCAAUUCGCCAUAAUCAAGAUGACUACCAGUCGUUUCUUCACAUGUCUUCCACAUUUUCAAGCCUCAUUGUAUCUACGCUGCUUCAAAACCCAGCCGCACAUGCUGCAGCAAGCUUUGCAUCUACAUUUUGGCCCCAUUCCAAUGUGGAAGCCUCAGCGGAUUCUCCUGCAUUCAACCAAGGUUGCUCCACUCCUAGUAUGGCAGCAAUAGCUGCUGCUACUGUAGCAGCUGCAACUGCAUGGUGGGCAUCCCAUGGACUGCUUCCUUUAUGUGCUCCGCUUAACACUGCAUUUACCUGCACUCCAUCCAUAAGUGGAGUUCCGUCAAUCCAUACUGAUCAAGUUCCAGCAGCCAAUGCAGAGCGGGGAGAGAAUUCUCUCAAUCCUCCCUUGCAGGACCAGGCGGACCCAGAAUAUUCAGACGCUUUGCAAGCUCAACAUUCAGCUUUGAAAUCUCCUGCUGCGUCGUCUUCAGACUCCGAGGAAAGUGGCAGUGCAAAGCAUAAAUCCAAUUCAAAAGCUGCUGAUCAUGAAAAUGCUGCUGCAACAACUGAGCUACAUGAUUCAAAUAAGGCAAAGGGCAGAAAACAGGUCGACCGUUCGUCAUGCGGUUCCAAUACAGCUUCUAGCAGUGAAGUAGAGACAGAUGCCUUAGAGAAGCAUGAGAAUGAGAAAGAAGAAUCAAAAGAACCGGAUGCUGACAAUCCAAUUGCCGAGAUGAUUAAUCGCCGCAGUAAAAGCAACAGCAACACGAGUGAUUCUUGGAAGGAGGUUUCUGAAGAGGGGCGGCUGGCAUUUCAAGCACUAUUCUCGAGAGAGGUGUUGCCCCAAAGCUUUUCACCUCCAUACGAUGACGAGAAUAAUCAAGAGAAUCAGAAUGAUCACGCGAAAGAAAAACAAAUGGAAGAAGAUAAAGAUGGAGGUGCAUCAUUAUUAGAUCUCAACAUUAGGACUUCUAACCUUCAAGAAUCAGAGAAGAAGGAAUCACCAAGAGGUGACAACAAUCUAGAUGAGGGCCUGCUGACAAUAGGGCUUGGAUAUGGAAAGCUCAAGGCUCGUCGAACAGGAUUCAAACCUUACAAAAGGUGCUCGGUUGAGGCCAAAGAAAACCUGGUGGGAAGCACCGCCAGCCAAGGUGAAGAGAAAGGAACCAAGAGGUUACGCUUGGAAGGGGAGGUUCAACUGAAUGUUUGAUUUUGCAUGGCAAUCAAAGGAAACCUUUGUUGUUGCAUGCAAUUUCUAAUUUUUCCCCCUUGUCUAUUAUUAAUUAUUCUUGCUAUAUGUUUUAUAAACUCCUGAAGCUCACGGAACUUUCCGUGUAGGUGUGUGUACCAUAUUAUUUUAUCUACAUUGCUCAUUGCUAUCUGAACCAGUGCAACUGUUCGUAAAAGACUCCCUUCACAGACUUUUAGACAAGAAAGUAUUUGAUGUGCUUUGAUCUC